AGUAACUGUCUGCAGGCUGCUGCUUCAUCCCCAUCGGAAGGUGCAAUUGUCUCCCGUUUGCGAAAUCAGUACAUCCAGCCUUGAGGGUGUCCACAGAAGGGUGCUAUCUGUUCUGACGUCUGCUGCUUGACAGGCUGCAUAGUCUUGAUCCCUGCAAAACACCGGACAGAACCUCGGACGGGCAAAAGGCUGUCACUCGGCACGGCGGAGAAAAUGGCAACUCCAGGUCAGAAAGUGGACACCAAGCCCAGUGAGGAGGCGACCCCCAAGGAAGUCUCUCAGGAGGGAUUUGACUAUGUCCUGAAUGCAAUGAAUGGCGAGGACAACAUGAAAGAGGAGACCAAGGACUACAAGCCUUCAAAGACAUGGUCCAGCUACUUCUUUGGUGGCAGCAAAAAGUGAUGCCUCCCCCAUUGUUGAUCAUGUGGAUUUCUGAGUAGCAUGUCAGCCGAUCGGCUAGCAUAGACAACAUGGUCUGCAGCACAUGGUAGCCAGCUCUGCCUGUAGAGCCUGUGCCUCCAAGCUUUGUUGAACUUGAGGAGGUGUGUAGCCUCAAGGCACGUCAGCUUCUGCAAAGCAGCAUUGAAAACGUUGGCAGUACUGCAUUGUGUUUUCAGGAAAUCGCAGAUUCGCUGGAACUGUUCCAUGUCCAGAUCUGUGGAGACCGUGUGAUCAUGUAAGCUUUCCGUGUGGCCUCUCAGCAUUAUGAAACACUGGUCUUCUUGUGGUUGAUGCGCUGAUGCCUCGAGAUUGUCCUUGAAAGUAUUGCGUAAACGUGUGCUCUGCAUGAAUCAUUCAAGAUGAUCAUGAGUCUUUACACCUCACGCUAAAAGUGGGAGGUGCGGUUCGGGGACAAGUCACUGCAUACAAUGUUGCGCAAGUGUAAAAAAUGGAAUGGC